GAAGCGACUGCAGGGGAGCCAGAUGCCCGUCUGUGAGCCGCUGCCUGUGGAUACCUAUCCCAAAUGCCAGAGCAGGCGAGAGCCACAGACACAUUUCAGCCUCUGACGGGGAAGAGGAAAGAAUAGGGGCAGUAACCGGAGUAAGAUUUGAAAAAAAAAAAAAAAAAAAGAUAUAUAUAUAUAUAUCUUUUUUUUUUCCUUCCCCCUCCCUCGUUGUCUCUGUUUCAACCUCUGCUUCAGAUGAAGAGCUUCCAUGGACUUGGAGUACCGGGCAUCAGUAUUAAAAAGAGCCGUUAUCCCACUCAGCCCCUGCUGCUGCGGCGCUGCUGCCUGUGAGCGCGUCCUCUCAUUGCAUUGGAAUAUACAGCCUGCCUAUAUGCGCAAAACCAUGGAGAUUAUAUGACGUGGAUUUAUUAUUUUUUCUAACAAAACUGGACAUCUGUAAAACCGACGUCCCCUCUUCUUUUUUUAUUUUUAUAUUUUUUUCUGCAUUGCCUUUUUUGCGUUCUUCUGUUCCGUUCUUUGGUUUGAUCUAUGGCUACUUUAUGAUUUCAUGUCCUUAGCGAUCCCUCCUUAUUUUCCAUUUAUUUAUUUUCCACACUUAUUUUGUAUCUAUAUUUUUCUUGGUCCGUGUCGGAGACGCAGAAGUGGGAUGCCUCGCAGAGAACAUUUGUGGGGAGAAGAAUCCGCGCAGCAGCGAGGGUGAAUGAAUGAUAGUCUCUCCUCUCCAUCUGAGACGUGCCAUGGAUGGGAAACUUAAUUUGUAUCCACGGAACCGAUCGGGGAAUAGCCGUCGCAUCAAAUAACUACUGCUGACAGCGAUCAGGACGAAUGUCAUAGGAUGAACACUGCUGGUGGGGUGUGUCUGUCUGUGCUGUCCUCUCUCCUGGCUGUGGCUGGGGCCCUGGCUGCCUUGUCUGCCCUCGCUCUAGCUCCUCUCUCUGCCCUGGCUGAGGCUGCCUAUGGGGCUGCCGACGGCAUCCCCAGCACUGGGGCAGAGGGGGCCCCCUUGCCUGUCUCCUCACCAUGCUCCAGCCUUGUAGCUGGGGUGCUCUAUGGCUCUUUCUCCCUAAGGGAGCUCUUUCCCUCCAGGGCGCCGGGCUGUUCCUGGUCCCUGGAAAACCCUGAUCCCACCAAGUACUCCCUCUACCUCCGCUUCACCCGUCACCCUGUCAUCUGCCGGACACACUCCCCCAUGCUUCUCUCCCUUGACCACCACCUGGCCAAUCAAAGCUGUCCCCUACACAUACAGACAGCUGCUGCCAAGGAUCAGGAAGUCAUUGAUCUCUGUGGCAGCAAAUCCAACCCAGAGGGCCCGUACUCCUUCCUACAGUUUGAUAAGAACUUCGUCCAGCUAUGUCUAACGAGACAUCCAGCUGCAGAUGAGCCUCAGGUAUCUAAGGAGUUGCUGGAGCUGAGACUGGUGGAGGUGUUGCUCAUUAACAAUGAGAACUCGAGUCAGUUUACCUGCGGCGUGCUCUGUCGAUGGUUUGAGGAGUGUUUACGUACAGGUCACAACGGAGACCAGGAGGUUUCUGACGGUGAUGGUUGUGGGAUGACCCAGACGGGAUGUAUCUGUCCAAACCACAACAUCAUGGCUCCACCUAUUCCGUUGCUCCCGGAGACACCCCACAGUUUUAGCAACGGCUCGCUGGUUCCUGAUGACUGCUGCGUCACCGAGCUGCAUUCUAAUGAAGCAAUCGCCAUAGCACCCAGAGAUGUUCGACAAGAUCCAUAUGACGAUGAUGAUCUGAAGGUGAAGACCCAGAGACCUCGAUCAGCCGACCAGCCAGGUGUGUUUCAGGCACAAACUGGUGACCCUGCGGCGGAGGAGUGGUCACAGUGGAGUGUGUGUUCUCUCACAUGUGGGCAGGGCUGGCAAGUGAGGACGAGAUCGUGUGUUUCCUCUCCCUAUGGGACUCUGUGCAGCGGAGCCCUGCGGGAAACACGCAUGUGCAACAACACCGCUUCCUGUCCAGGCGAACCUGGGAUCAUAGGCUCAGUGCAUGGGCUGUGGGAGGAGUGGUCGUCAUGGAGUCUGUGCUCUGUGACCUGUGGGCGGGGCUCCAGGACACGAACCAGGAAGUGUGUGAACGGAGGCGGGGCCUUGGCUUGUGGACGGCCCGAGAUUCAGACCAAACUCUGCAACAUAGCAGUGUGUCCUGUGGAGGGCCAGUGGCUGGAGUGGGGCCCGUGGUCGAGAUGCAGCGUGACUUGUAAUACGGGAACCCAGCAGCGGCAGCGGCGCUGCAGUGCGUCGGUGCAUGGCUGGGCUGAGUGUAAGGGUCCCCAUCAGGAGAGCAGAGAAUGCACCAACCCCUCCUGCAGCGGUGGAGGUAACUGGGGCAGCUGGAACCACUGGAGUCUCUGCAGCAAGACAUGCGACUCCGGUUGGCAGCGUCGCUUCAGGAUGUGUGAGGGCACCGGAAUACAGGGCUACCCCUGCGAUGGCUCAGGAGAGGAGGUCCGGUCCUGUAACGAGAAGAAAUGCCCCGCUCCUCAUGAGAUAUGUAAAGACGAACACCUACUCUCUAUGGCGUGGAAGAGAGCCUCAGCUGGAGAAACUGUCUACAACAAGUGUCCAACUAACGCCACUGGAUCUGCUAGUCGUCGUUGCAUGCUGGACAAUAAUGGAGUUGCUUUCUGGGGUCCUCCGAGCUUCGCCAGAUGCGUCUCACUUGACUAUAGAUAUUUACAUUUAUCUUUACGAGAGCAUCUCGCGAAGGGUCAGAGGACCCUGGCCGGGGAGGGCAUGUCUCAGAUCGUAAGGAGUCUCCUGGAGCUCUUGCAGAGGAGGAGCUACUACAGUGGCGACCUUCUCUUUUCCACGGAGAUCCUGCGAAAUGUGACGGACACCUUCAAAAGAGCAACCUACAUCCCAGCUCCCGACGACGUGCAGAAAUUUUUCCAGAUAGUCAGCCUCAUGUUGGACAUGGAAAAUCUAGAAAAAUGGGAGGACGCCCAUCAGGUCGCUCCCGGUGCUGCUUUGCUGAUGAGGAUAUUAGAAGAUUUCAUUCACCUCAUCGGAGAAGCCCAGAAGCCUUUCCAGAGUUUCCUGGUAGUUACCAACAACCUCAUGAUAACCGUCCAGCGAGAGCCCGUGUCGGCCGUUUCCAGUGAUAUCAACUUUCCCAUGAAAGGCCGGAGAGGGAUGAAGGACUGGGCCAGAACAGCAGAGGACAAGCUCUACAUCCCCAAAGAGGUCUUCACCAUCCCAGCUGAAGAGACGGAGGCAGAGUCAGAGUCAACUAUGUACUAUGUCAUCGGAGCCAUCUUGUACAGGACGUUGGGCGUCAUCUUACCUGCACCAAAUCCCCCUGCGGUCAUCAACUCCAAGAUCCUGACAGUGACAGUACGGCCAGAACCACAACCCAGCAAGCCCAUGGUGGUGGUGGAGCUGUCGCCACUUUUUAAUGGUACAUCAGAUCCACAGUGCGUUGUCUGGGACUAUGGCAACCCGGAAGCUGGCGCAGAAAACUGGGGCACAGAAGGCUGCCAAACGCUCGCGUCAACCACUGUCCACACCAAAUGCCUGUGCAGCAGGAUAUCCACCUACGCCGUGUUAGCGCAGCAAGCUAAAGACCCGGAUAUGGGUCCUACCAGCAUGCCCUCUGUGCCCCUCAUGGUGGGGUGUGGGGUCUCCUGCACUGCUCUGCUCAUCCUGCUGCUAAUCUACGCUGCCUUCUGGAGGUACAUACGAUCGGAGAGAUCCAUCAUCUUGGUGAAUUUCUGCCUCUCCAUCUUGGCCUCCAACUUAUUGAUUUUGGUGGGACAAUCUCAAACGCUUAGCAAGGGCCUCUGUACUGUGACGGCCGCCUUCCUGCACUUCUUCUUCUUGGCGUCCUUCUGCUGGGUGCUGACGGAGGCGUGGCAGUCCUAUCUGGCUGUCAUUGGCAAAAUGAGGUCACGACUCAUUCGCAAGCGUUUUCUGUGCCUCGGCUGGGGUCUUCCAGCCCUAGUUGUAGCAGUGUCGGUGGGUUUCACCAGAGCGAGAGGUUACGGCACAGCCAGCUAUUGCUGGUUGUCCUUGGAGGGCGGUCUGCUUUAUGCCUUCGUUGGGCCCGCUGCUGUCAUUGUGUUGGUGAAUAUGCUCAUUGGAAUCGUGGUGUUUAACAAGCUCAUGUCUCGGGAUGGCAUCUCAGACAAGUCUAAAAAGCAGCGAGCGGGUGUCCCAGCGGAGGCGCGUAGCCGACUGCUCCUGAAAUGCUCCAAGUGUGGCGUGAUCUCGAGCACCGCUCUGUCCAGCGCGACUGCCAGCAGCGCCAUGGCGUCUCUGUGGAGUUCCUGCGUGGUUCUUCCCCUGUUAGCAUUAACCUGGAUGUCAGCGGUGCUGGCCAUAACCGACCGGCGCUCCACACUCUUCCAGGUCCUGUUUGCUGUCUUUGACUCUGUCCAAGGUUUUGUCAUCAUCACCGUCCACUGUGCAAUGCGCCGAGAGGUGCAGGACGCGGUGCGCUGUAGGAUGGGGGGAUGUAAAGACGACAGCGAAAACUCACCAGACUCCUGCAAGAAUGGACAGGUGCAGAUCAUGAAGUGUCCAAACGUGAGCUACUGUGGGCAGCAGUGUGGCUCUCUGCGUUACGGCACAGCCAUGUGCCUGUCUGGUUGCCACCCACAGCAGUUCCCACCGACAGGCCCCCAGGCAUGCCAGCAAGCCUGUUGCCACAGUCUGCCCCGCAGCAACCACGACCACGGGCUGGAGCACAGCCACGCCCUCAGCCACGCACAUGAGCAUAACCCCAUCCUGAACAAUACCCACAACCACGUUCAUAACCAUAACCACGCCCACAACCACAUCGGCAGCCAAUCAACGGAUUUUGAGAAGGAUGUGGACUUGGCAUGUCAAACAGAGAGAGGACACCCAUUCAUAUUCAAAGAGGUGAACACCUGCAACCCGGCCACCAUCACUGGGACCCUUUCCCGCAUCUCCCUGGAUGAUGAGGACGAUCCCAAGCUGGCAGCCCAUCAGGAGGGGGGAGUGGGGGUCAACUUCAGCUCACUCCCCGGGAACAUCCCCCCUCCCAACCUCAUCGUACAGGUUCCAACGCUUGGCGGCCUCAAUGAGCUGAGCGAGACGCCCCUAAAGAAAGAGGUGAACGUGGAUCAGCAGAGACAGCAGGGGCAGCAACGCAGCGGCGCCCCAAUCUACCUGUGCACCGAGAGUGGCCUGGGCUGGGCUCGACCGCCCCCUUCCUCCAACACCUCCCAGGACGGAAGUGCCGGAAGCGGGGGGAGUGGUGGAGGAGGAGGCGGAAGCGGAGGAGGCGGGGAGGGGGACUACAUGGUCUUACCUCGUAGGACGGUCAGUCUCAAACCUCCAGCGCCCUCCUCCCAAGGAGGAGGCCUGGGACUGGGGGGCGAGGACAAACCUCUCAACAUCGCAGUGGAGGAUCCUCCCUUCCCCCCGCCUCCCUCACCCCUUACCCUCCACCCAGCCGAGAGUGAGGCGUACCCGGCGGAUUUUGUGCCGUCGAGUGUGGGCGACAUGAACAUCGCCAUGAACCUCAACCGCUCCUAUGGGACGAUCAAAACCAUGCCCCACGGGCACGGCCACAUGAUGGCUCAGGGUGGUCUUGUACACUCCCACGGAGGACACAUGCACUCCCACGGGCAUUCACUCCAGCUGAAGCCGGGCCAGAGGCCAUCGGUCAGACAGAUUCUGACAGGGGGAACCACAGUGGAGAGAACCAGGACCCUGCCACGCAACCUGGGCAGCACCAAUGCCAACAGCAGCCUCUCGGCAGGAUCCCUGGAGAGGAAAAGAGUACGGUACUCUGAGCUGGACUUCGAGAAAGUGAUGCACACUCGCAAAAGACAUUCUGAGCUGUACCAUGAGCUCAACCACUCGUCCAAGUUCCACACCAUAGACAGGUAUAGCAGGGACCCAGCCAUGUCCACAUUCAAGAGGGAAAAGCGAUGGAGCAUUUCGUCUGCCGGAGGUGAAAAGAACUCGUCGAGUGACAAGUCGACCCCUGAGGACCAGAGCUCCUGGGACAGCUUCAAGACCAUGACCCCGGAGCUGUCCAUCGUGCCUGGGGAGCAGAAGGACCGGAUGGAGCUGCACAAUAAGAACUGGGACUCCUCCUCCGCUAACACGCCCGACUCGUCCGAGGGAGACUUCCAGACUGAAGUGUGAAGACACACACACAUUCACACACUCACUUGAAUACACACGCGCUCACGCCGAGACGAACUUCUGAAACAGCUAUACAUAAGUACAUGAUUUCUCGCAAAGAUCUCACACACACUGCUCCCCGUCUCCUGCAAUGUGCUCUGUCGGAUCCCAUACUGUAUUUGUUUACUGCUGCAGUGGACAGACACGGAAAGAAGACUGUUCUACUCUAUAUUUUCGCAAAGACUAUUGAAAAGAAAGAACAGGGGCUUGACACGUCUGGGACAGAGGAAAGAUUUUUAAAUGAACUUAAAAAAACUAUGAAAAACUUAUUUCUGAGAAAAAAUGUCUUGAUUUUAUUCUGGAGAAAAAAGAAAAUCUCUUUCAAUUGUUUGAUGAUUUGGGGGGUAAAAAAGAAAAAGAAUAUUUCUGCACCGUUCAGUUCUUUUUAUAGCAAGCGGAAAAAAAUCUCACUGAGGUUUCUCACACUGGUAGCCCCCCCUAGGCACCCUGCUUUCAUUUAUUUCCUUUUCCCUUCUAAUGGAUGACAGAAGCAUUCUAUCAGUUCCCUUUUUUUUUAAUUUAAUUUUUUUUUUUUUUUUUUUUUUUCUAAUUUCGUCAUUUUGGAUGGAUCGGGGACGGGGGAAGAGCCGCUCAGUGAUAUGUGCCAUCCGCUCUGCUUUUUUCAGGUUCCAGUUCAACAAUCCCAUCCAUCCAUUCCUCUCACAUCCUCUGUGUCAACACUGUAUUCCCCCUUUUUUGUGUAUUUUCUAUGGUUUAGUUAAAAAAAUGUCCUCCUCUAUGGUUUGAAACUUUUAAUGGAAAAAUAAUACGAUUGAAACAACUGUUCAAGGAGAAUUGAUUUAUUUUCAGACUGGUUUGAUUUCUGCUUGUGCUGCCUUUUUUCAUUAUUUUUUCUCUUUUUCUUCAUUUCCUGUGAGAAUUAACCCAUGUGGAACUUUCAAAAAACAUGAUUUAGGACACACGCACACACACACACACACACACACACAGCACAUAAAUGUGAGCUUGCUUUCUGAGGUAAUGUGUGCCGCAUGUUAUCCGCCCAUGAGGAAAAGGAGGAUAGCGAUCGUCAUGCAGAUUCUCGCAUCCCCUCCUUUCCCCCCCCCCAGUGCUUAGAGAUAAAAGCCUUUAAAGAUUGCAGCAUCUGAAUCCAUUUCAGCCAUCACCAAUCACGGCGAAAAAGAGAAUAUCUCAUUCAUUUUCAGCCCAAAUGGGAUCUGUGCAAGCUCUGUUUAGCAUCUCUCAUAUUGCUAAAACGUACGCUUAUGCCGCCAAGUGAAAUAUCAGUCAGUUUAGCAGCUAACUUGCUCUUCCUCUGCUGCGGAGGGAAUAUUGUUGGCUUCACCUGACCUGAGGAGGAUUUUCAAGCCAGUAAUAUGCAAAACUAGACACAACUUGCGCCAAAAUCUUCUUCUUUUCCCAAGAACCCCAUCAUGGAUUUAAAGAUAAACAUGCCUUCCUUUGCUUUCCUCUACCACCUCCUUCUCGUUUCUCCUUCUUUGCUGCCCACCCAGCGUCGUGCAACCAGAAGGCAUGAAAUCUUAAUGUUAGCAGUGGAGCCAGAUGUAUAAUUCCUCCUUCACAUGGAUCCCUGUCUGUGUGAUUGUAUCCUGCACUUGUGAGCACAGCAGCUGCACUGAGAGGGAGUGAAAUAGAAAGACAGAGAUGGAGUCAAAGAGGUUACGAGGCUACAAGGUGGCAGACUGAAGAGGAAACGGCAAAAGAAAAAAAAGACAGUGGUGAUGCUUUCUGCUUGACAUUCUACAUCCGUACCUCGGUCUCUACAAGGGGACAACCAGUUUCCUGCUGUUGCUACAUUAGCACAUCAGUCCUCCACACACCGACAGAGAGAAAGUGUCAGAGUGCAGGAUGAAUUCAAUAGACGGCUCGAUAACUUUUCUGUCUAUGUUCAAAGCGGCUCCCAUUAAUCUAACAGUCUGGAGAAAGAGAUGAGAGACAAUUUGGGGAAGGGAAAAAAAGUGCAAGAGAAAAUGGUAGCAAGGAAAAGAGAUCCAAAAAAUAUAUAACGAGAAAGCUAGAGGCAGGCAGAGAUGCAGAUUAAGAAGGGGGAGUGCUCAAAACAGUAAUUAUCCGGGGAUGGCGAUUUGUCCUGACAUUUUCCAAUGCAGCCCUCAAACCAUCUGUUUAAAGAUCCCUAAUGUGGUAGUCGUGCAGCACGGCGCAGAUGGUGAGACAAGAGCGCGGCCCUUCUAACCUUUCAAGCUAAUCAGCUGAUAGGGGAACCUAAAGCCCCGCUCCCUCUCAGAGGCCCCCAGGUUGCAGAGCUGAGGUCACAUUCACCUGACCCUCCGUGAGGCUCGGGAUCCAGUUCGACUGUAAAGCAGCGUCCAGAGUCGCGGUGAAUGGGUGUCGAUCUAUAGCAGAAGAAAACAUCAGUCUCAGGGGAAACAGAUUUGACCUUUACACAGACAAAUUAGGGUUUUUCUUUUUUAAACAUGAAACUGAUCAUUAGAGAGAAAGCUCUGGAUGGAGUCUCUACAAUGCCUUGUUACCAUGGUAACGUAUAAAUGGGAUUUGACGAAAGGAAAAGAAAGAAAGAAAUAAGAGCGCUUGAUUUCAGUGCAGUGUAAGACUUUCUCUUUCAUUAGCAAGCUUUUCCAUACUCAGUGAGGGCUGGACAUUAAGUGUUCAUCUACAGGAACGGUAAGUGAGAUGCUGCUGGACUGAUUGACAUGUGGAUGUUCGAUCACCACAGCUGAGGGUCAUCUUGUCAUUUUACAGUUUUCUUUUCUAUGAUGAACUCCGGAACGAAUGCAGACACGUGAAGUUGAUGCUCAGAGUAUGCCAGGAUGUCAUCUUGUUUUCCUUUGUGUGUUGAAAGCCUGCCAAACUCAACAGCCCGUAAAGAAAUAUAAAACACAAGCAAGCCAAUUUCCAACUGGAGGCGGAUGCCAGCUCUGAAACCUACUAUGCUCACCUUCACCUUCACCUUCACCUCCAGCCUUCGAUGCUUAGGUGUUAACCGACCGCUACAACCAUCCGACAUUCCGGUUGAUUUAUGACUGAAAACCCCUCCCUUUCCUUUUCUCUCUCAUUUUUGUUCUUUUUAUACAUAAGAUUGUACAAAGUAGUCCUCUAAUGUUU